AUGAAUCCUGUUUAUAGCCCUGGUUCUUCUGUGGUUCCCUAUGCAAAUUCCAAAGGAAUUGGUUAUCCAGCUGGUUUCCCCAUGGGCUACGCAACAGCGGCUCCCACCUACUCCCCUAACAUGUACCCUGGAGCGAACCCCACCUUCCAAACAGGUUACACUCCUGGCACACCUUACAAAGUGUCCUGUUCCCCCACCAGUGGGGCAGUGCCACCAUACUCCUCCUCCCCCAACCCCUACCAGACCACCGUGUACCCCGUGCGAAGUGCCUACCCCCAGCAGAGCCCAUAUGCACAACAAGGCACAUACUGCACACAAUCCCUGUACGCAGCACCUCCUCACGUCGUCCACCACACCACGGAUGUGCAACCCAAUGGCAUGCCGGCGACGGUGUACCCUGCACCUAUCCCUCCACCUACAGGCAACGGGGUCACCACGGGCAUGGUGGCUGGGACCACUAUGGCGAUGUCAGCAGGUACCCUGCUGACUGCCCACUCCCCAACUCCUGUCGCCCCUCACCGAGUCAAGGUGCCCACAUAUCGGGCCCCCGGAACACCCACCUACAGCUACGUGCCCCCUCCGUGGUGAUCACCCUGCAAAUGUUUGAGGAUGGAGCUGUGCGUUCACAUAAUGGAGGUUCCACAGCUGGUGCUGCAGGCCUGGCGCCUCCAGCCCGGACUUUCUUCCUAAUGCUCUGACACUUAGCUAGCACUCCUGCGGCCCGCCCAGCAGGUCCCAGCGCCAUGAUUCUCCAGCUGACUCUGGGUUGUUCUUACAGAAAAUCCUGUUUUGUGGGCUGCCUGGCAAUUUUUUAGCUAACUAUAAUGAUAAAAAGGGAGUAUUAAUCUAUUCAGAAUCAUAUCUAGUUGAAUGCAUGUUUAAAAAAACAAACACAAAAACAAAGCUUGCUCAAUCUACCUGCAGUGACUGAUGCAAACCCAUG